CCCUCACCACCCACCUUUUGACUCUGAGAUUCCUCGUUCUGCUCACACACUUGUCUUGUUGCUCACUUUUAGCUUCUUUAUUUUCAAUGAACCCUUAUCACCUUCUCCAUUAUCUCUAAUUGAACAAAAUUACCCUAACGCGUUCCAAUUAGCUCUAAUCCGACUCACUCUCUCUUUAUUCACCAUGAGCCGAUUCAGGAGAAUUGAAAUCUUUGAUCCCUUCUACUAUCCAUCUUUUUUCACUCCAAAGACUCCAGCUUUUCCCUCAUUUACAGUAGAAGAGGAAUUUCACGAUCUCGGUUUCGCUCUUGAUCUCCUUAAACCCAACUCGUACCCUUCUGAACUCUUCGAUCUGAUCCAAGUGGAAAAAACACCCUCAUUUUGCUCCUACAAGAGGAUCAAGCAACGGGCCGGGACUGAGCUGUAUAUACAGACCUUAUGUGACCGAGUUAGCGCUCUUGAGUCGAGGUUCGAUAAGCUGCUCACCUCGAAGAAGAUCAACGGAGGGGAUAGGAAGUACACGUGGACGGCCGAGAUUAAGGGACCAGUAGAGAGGAAGUACAAGUGGACUAGCGAGAUCAAAGAAGGAAAGAAACAUCAAGAAGAUAAGAAGUACAAGUGGAUUGCUGAGAUUAAGGGAAAAGAAGAGGAUCAGCCAAUCACGCGAAAGUACACUUUUGAAGCUUCUACAGGUGAGUCUAGCGGAUCAGAAAAGAAAGAGAAAAAAGAUAAAAGGAAGAAGCAUGGUGGUGUCCGUGUUGUUGAGAUUAAAGAAGAAGACAGUGAUCAUGGUGCUGUUGUUCUUAGACAGGCAUUCGCGAAGAGAGCUGGGGUUGUGAGGGCUAAUAAGGGAAAGAAGAAGGAAUUGGAUCCGGAAGAUGCGGCAUUGUUGAUACAGAUGAGUUUUAGGACUUAUUUAUUGCGUAGAUCAAAGGCUCUUCGUGCGCUUAGAGAGUUGGCCAUUGCUAAGGCCAAGUUAAAAGAGAUUAGAGCUUUGUUUCAUAAUUUCUCCUACCGGAGACAAAUUGCUCGUGAUGCAGAGGAGCGUCAGAGGUUCUCUGAGAAAAUCAUUGUCUUGCUUCUCACUGUUGAUGCCAUUGAGGGAGCUGAUCUGAUGGUGCGAGCUGCAAAAAGGUCAAUGGUGGAUGAGCUGGAGGCAAUGCUUGACGUGGUGGACCCUCAGCCUCCAGGGAAAUCACUUUCAAUGAGAAGACGGACAUUUGAUAUGCCUGAUGGGGUCAUUCAGAAAGAAAUAGCGGAAGGUGUAGCUCAGGUUGUGCAAAUGCUUGAAGAAGAAGAGAAUCUGGAGAGCACUUUUUGAGGCAUGCUAGUAAAAUAUGCAACAGGCUUGAAAUAGUUAACCUGUUGCUUUCCUUUCAUGAGUAGAUUAUUGUGCUCUUUUCGACCUUGUGUUUUCUGUGUUCAAUGAGGAUGUGCUAGCUUGCUGCUGUGUGUUUAACUACUUAGUACUACUGUUCCACUUGAAUAUGCUCACGACAGAGCUUGUUUA